CAUCUGCGAUCAUGUACGCUCUAGCUUUUUGCGUCUUAGUGUCGUCAGUUGUUGGUCUGCCGCAUUACAAUGGAAACAUCCGAUCCGAUACCGAGUUUGUGACCAUUCGACAUCUUCACUCUGAACAUGACAGAACCAAGAGAGACACAUCCGGAAUGCCUGACCGUAUUGUGCUGAGCUUUGAACUCAGCACUGGAAGUAUGGUCUUUAAUCUGACGAAAUCGGAACGUGACCAUCACGAUAUUCCAGUUGUAGUUCGACGGGGAGAGAUGGCUUUUAACAGGGAUGUCCAAAAGAACUAUGAUCAAGCCAUCUAUAAAGACCAAAGUCAAAAUGCUGCGCUCAUGGUUGAGAAGAUUGCAACGGGUGAUUACAAAGUUGCGGGGUUGUUCCACAUCGGAGAGACGCCCUACGACAUCUGGCCUGAACACCGACACAAGAGAAGCGUUCGAAGCGUUGUCAGCGCCGUUUUAAACAUAGAUUUUACAGCCGAUUCUGUCCGCAAUGACGUCUACUGGAAGAGGAAGCCUGAAUUCGACAGGCAGAUGGAGCUCCUGAAAAGCUCCCAAGGACGCCAGAAGAGAUCCAACGUCCAGCAGCAUAUUCUCGAACUGUGCUUUUUCUCUGACAGUGCUGACUGGAACAUGUUUCUUACUAACGCUGGUGGUAACGCUGUUCAAGCUGAGGCCGACCUUCGACUGUAUUAUUUCUUCAUAGAGCAAGCCAUGAAUGUGAGGUAUGCGAAUCUGCCCCCUAAUCAGGUGUGCGUACAGGUGCAGGUGAAAGGGAUCACAAUAUUUAUGACGGCAAAUACACCAUCCUGGGUUUUCAACUUCGUCAACGCAGGAGGUAACAUAGAUGUUUCCGGUGGCAUACGUGAGAUGUCGGGGGAGACGCCGGGGACAACAGGAGCGGCAGCAGAUCAGGGAACGGCGUGUGACCAUUUUAUGCUUUUCUCUGGACGAAACCUGUUUGGUAAUAACACUGGCACGCUGAUUGAUAUAAAUGGUCUUGCCCUGCAGGGCGCAGCGUGUUCACGUUUAAGUGUGUCGAUGAUAGAAAAUGACAAAGACGGAUCAGUUUGUCUUGUAGCUUCCCAUGAGCUCGGCCACUCUCUAAAUGCUGAACACGAUAUUGACGCUGGCUGUAACGAUGCGGAUGGCUUCAUCAUGGCAACACGUUUUAGUGCCCCCGCUGUUCCAAAUCCGGGCAACUUCUUCAGAUUCUCCACUUGCUCCGCUGUCACCUUUACCGCCUUCUUCAAUUCACUGAACACCCGGAAUACCAACUGCGCCUUGGUAGCAAAUGUUCCUGGAGGGCCAGUUCUUACCAACAAUGGAUCGAUUGCUGGGCAGCUCACCGAUGCUGACGCACAGUGUGCAAGGUUUAUGCCUGGAACGCGUUUCUGUCGGUUAACAGCUGCCUUUCUAGGAAUAGAUGCCAUUUGUCAAAGGAUUGCUUGUGGUGCGAAUACUGCUCCUGGUGGCAUAUGCCAGUUCAUGGUGCCCCUUGAUAGAACCAGUUGUGGUAACCAGAGGUGGUGUGUACAAGGCCAGUGUGUGACAGACAACGCAGCCCCUGCCAGAGCAGUCAAUUGCCCUCAGGGUGAUGAUCCAGGUGUCGCCUGCACUCCAGCCCUUUGUGUAACGGAACCAGUGAGGUGCUGUCAAACAUGCGGAGUCGUGCCAACCACUGCGACAGCUACCACUGCGACAACAACCACUGCGACAGCUACCACUGCGACAACAACCACUGCGACAUCUACCACUGCGACAACAACCACUGUGACAACUGCCACUGCGACAACAACCACUGCGACAGCUACCACUGCGACAACAACCACUGCGACAUCUACCACUGCGACAACAACCACUGUGACAACUGCCACUGCGACAACAACCACUGCGACAGCAACUGCAACAACUGUUAUUACGACUUCUACAGCAACAUCUACAACAGCAGCGACAACAACUGGCACCACUGUCGCGGCGGGGACAGUACUUUCCGUUCGAAAUUUGUUCAUUCUUUCAUGCUAGGUUUGAAGUAUUGCUGAUCUAUAUUUUUGGGCACUCCGACAUAUUGAACCGAUAGGCUUAAUGAUUUUGAGACUUGAUUUUUAAAAAAUUAUAAAUAAAGACAUAUCUGGAACUGCA